GGGAGCGGGACUCGGCGCUGGCCGCCUGCCGGUUGCGCCCCGGCCGAGCAUGCACUGAUCCGCUGCCUCGCCUCGACCCCGUCCCGUCCGCCGGGAGCGCGUUGCAUGGUGUGGGGAUACACGGUCUCGAUAAUAAAUGAUAGAGGAUACAAUGACUUUGCUGUCUCUGCUGGGUCGGAUCAUGCGUUACUUCUUGCUCAGACCGGAGACCCUGUUCUUGCUGUGCAUCAGCCUGGCUCUGUGGAGUUAUUUCUUCCACACGGAUGAGGUGAAAACCAUUGUUAAGUCCAGCAGGGAUGCGGUGAAGAUGGUGAAGGGCAAGGUGGCCGAGAUCAUGCAGAAUGACAGGCUCGGAGGGCUGGACGUGCUGGAUGCCGAGUUCUCCAAGACCUGGGAGUUCAAGAGCCACAACGUGGCUGUCUAUUCCAUCCAAGGCCGGAGGGAUCACAUGGAGGACAGGUUCGAAGUAAUCACCGACCUGGUGAACAAGACUCAUCCAUCCAUCUUCGGGAUAUUUGAUGGGCACGGAGGAGAGUCAGCAGCAGAGUAUGUGAAGUCCCGCCUGCCCGAAGUCCUGAAACAACACCUUCAGGACUAUGAGAGGGACAAGGAGAACAGUGUGAUGUCCUAUCAGACCAUCCUGGAACAGCAGAUCUUAUCAAUUGAUCGAGAAAUGCUGGAAAAAUUGACUGUAUCCUAUGAUGAAGCUGGUACAACUUGUUUGAUCGCGUUGCUGUCAGAUAAAGAGCUCACUGUGGCCAAUGUUGGUGAUUCGCGAGGCGUGCUGUGCGACAAGGACGGGAAUGCCAUCCCCCUGUCACACGACCACAAGCCCUACCAGCUGAAAGAGAGGAAGAGGAUUAAAAGAGCUGGUGGAUUUAUCAGCUUUAAUGGCUCCUGGCGUGUUCAGGGCAUCCUGGCCAUGUCCCGCUCGUUAGGAGAUUACCCUCUGAAGAACCUGAACGUUGUCAUUCCUGACCCCGAUAUUCUCACCUUUGACCUGGACAAACUGCAGCCAGAGUUCAUGAUCCUGGCAUCUGAUGGUCUGUGGGAUGCCUUCAGCAACGAGGAAGCCGUCCGAUUCAUCAAGGAACGCUUGGAUGAGCCACACUUUGGAGCCAAGAGUAUAGUUCUACAGUCAUUUUACAGAGGGUGUCCCGAUAAUAUAACAGUGAUGGUGGUGAAGUUCAGGAAUAGCAGCAAAGCAGAAGAACAGUAAUUACCAGAGGUUCUUUGCCUCACCGAACUUAAAACAAACUCUUACAUUUUAAACAUAGUGGAAAGCUCUAGUAAAUCCCAUUAAGAUUCCACACAGAAAGAACAGACUCCUCUGGGCUUUGUUCUUUGCUUAACAAAAGGAGCAAUACAACAAAUACAUUUUGUGUGAUGAUAAGAAUUAAGUUUCUUCACAAGCACCUGUCUCCUGUGACCUUGCUGCUCCUUAGAAGCCAACUGUAAUCUUUCAUUUCAGAAUUUCCUUUACAAAUCCCAUGUAUGCUUUUCAUUUCUCACCUCUCCUUUCUAAAAGAGGUUCGUUCAGAUACACAGCAGGUCAGGGCAGUACUGCUGCUUAAGUGAUAGGAAUGAUGUUGCUUUUUCACUUGUAGAUGUGACGUUUCAGAACAAUGCUCUAAUGUUUCUCAUCUCUUUUUUAAUCUGCAGUGAUAAGAUUGUGUUGGAAAAGGUUUGUAGUUGUUGGUCUGUUAUGAAGGAAGGAAAGGAGCCAACUACGAGUCUGCUAUCACAGAACUGGCUCUCACACUUUGUUUUUUCCACCCUCAAUUAAACAAAUCCCUGCCAAGCAUGUGGUUAGGUAUAGCUACUGAAUUACCUGAAGACAGGUUUAUUCAGCCUGUGCACUCCUUUAAUAACAUUUAUUCUAUGCCAUGUUGUAAUGUUAAGCUCCAUCAAAAUACUCCGAUGUCUGUCAUCUUCUCUAUCAAAAAAAUAGCUCUCUCGUGAUAGAAGAAUGAGUGCCAUUCACUGAGACUCCUUCCUAUUAGGUUUUUGGCAUGGACUUCUCACAGUCAAGUAAGAAAACAAUGCAAGAUAAAAUUAAUUUAAUUAGUAUUUGUAAAACUAAUCAGAGCAGAGUGCUCUAUAGAGCUGCCUAGAUGGAAGUCAUGGCUACGAAAACUUUGUACCGCUGCAGAUUAAUUUGUGGUUUUAAUCUGGGGGAAGACCACUUUAGGACUGAUUUUUGGUAUAGUGUGUAAGUGCCAGACAGUUCAGUUGAAAGCUUGUGAUAAAUCUAGAUAAAAAUAUUUUUUCAUCUAACUUUCAAUAUUUAAUUAUACUUUGGAAUCUGUGACUAUUGUCUAGGCUGUACAUCUGAUAACUUAGUUGGCUGCUUCACAAAGAAGUGGCAGCAGUGGUGGUGUACAGGACAUGUUUUAGAGGAACACAUCAGGGCCUGAGGUAGAUGUUAGUAUUUUGGAUGGCUUGCUUCCCUGUAUUAUAUCCUCUGGGAUUCCUUCCCUUCAAACAUGGUCCUCUGGAUGAUCCGCUGAAGUCUCUUGUCUGCAAGGAAAUGGAGGUUCUCAGUCCUUGGGCCCUGAGCUAAAGCAGGGAUAUAAUGUGCUAACUGACGCUGUCUGUUUCUUGGAUGAAGAUACACAAUCAAUUAGAUGAAAAACUUCCUUGUGCUUAUCACCCACCUGGAGUGUUUUCUGAGAAAGGGCUUGCAGUCUCAAACACUGUCAUCUGUUAUGGUUGUGUUGGGCAGGAAUGAUAUCUCUCAAGACAGAAAUGAAAGAACACAAAUUCUGCUUUCCAUUCAAGAAAGAAUUCUCAUCUUAGUCUUUUCAGUUUGAUUUCGAGAUGAUCUCUUCCCUAACAACCUUUCUUUCUUUAGUUUGUUUGGGGAUCUUAAUUAGAUGUGUUGCCACUGACAGUGCCCUUCCAAUUGUAUACAUGUCCUUACAUGUCUGCAUUCUCUCCUCCUUCAAAACUGUGAGUAGAAUUUUUGGGCUCUGAGUAAUGGUUAAUGCAUGCCAGUGAGCAACAGAAGCAUGAAAGUGUCCAGCGUGCUCUGAUACCCCCCUGCACUGUCCCUCCCCAGAGGAUGGAAGAUUUCAGAUGUUUUUAAUUGCUUGAACAGGACGGACAGCAUUCAGUUAAUUUUAAAUGCAAUUGUGCAGUUAAAUGGAGAGGGUAACAAAUGCUAAUAAUUGCAGACUGCUUCAGUUAUUUAAUUUUGAAAUAAGUAUUUGAGGUCAAAUGUUGCAAAAUGAAAACCUUGUGUGAUAUUUCAUGGGAGUGCUUCAUCAUGGACUCAGUAAACGCUGCAGCAGCAGUAUCAGAACUGUGCUCUGGGCAGAGCUCGUGGUGCGUGUAGCAUUUGCCUUUCCUUUCUCCUUCACAGAUGAUGUUUCUGUUGCACUGGCUUUUCUUUGUAGAACAGAGACUGGAUGUUUGUCAAACAGCUGCCCAGGGAAAAGAAGAAUUAGAUGUAGCAGUUCACAGAAGGCUAAAGCUGAGAAGUUUGUACAGCUGCUACAAAUCCUUCACAGGAUUUGAGAAGUUGGAAGCAGAACAAUGGUCAGCUCCAAGAAAAAAAUGACAGACUAAUACCACUUCAGAGAAAAGAUUCUGGCUGCCAGUAAGCCUUCCUGCAACUCACGUUCUCAAAUUAUCAAGCAUUGCUGACGAAUUGCAGACCUUCUCUUGAGCAUGGCUAGCCCUCUGAUUGCUCUAUUGAGAUGGAUGGGAAGUGAUGGGAAAUGUGUGUGUUCACAGACUCUGGCAGCUGCCAUGAGGAAGCUGUGGGACAGUGGCACACUCUAGGAGUAAAGUGAGCUCUUGCAUAGCUUGCUGAAAGGAUUUAAGAAAACCCAGAGUACAGUACAAAACUGUUUUGCAGAUUUCAUUCAUCACAUGGCCACCCAGUCAGUUACUGAAACAGCCCUAUUUCUACCUUUGAGUGUUUGCAGUUGCAACAGCAGUCAAUGUAGCACUUUUAAUUUUCUCUGCAACACUCCCACCUCUUUAGUAGCUCCCUUUCCUGGCUGAAGGUGUUCAUGCCAGUGACCUCUUGUAAGGCUGUUGAUAUUUCUUAAUUUUUUUUAUUUUUUUAAACAAAGCUAGUUUAGGGCAUGGUGGUGAUGAUUUGAUGGUGGGACUAGCUGAUUCUAGAGGACUUUUCCUUUAAUGAGUCCAUGAGUCUCUACUUACAUCUACUUUAGGUUUAAAAAGAUGAAGGACUAAUGAAGAUGACAGGCUUUGUGCAGUCUUCCUCAUAUGCAGUGCCUACCCAUGUUACUCAUUAGAGGUCUUCUAAGAAGCCUGCUAAUCUGGUUCUAGCCUUCCAGUCAUGCUGAUUUGUGCCAAAUUCUGCCAUGUUACAUACAGCUGUUGGAUGACAAGAUUAGCUAAUGCACAUACUGCUGUACAGCCUGAAAGAGCCUCCACUGCUUUGAUAUAUCCCAUCUAUCCUAUAUCCUACAUCUGGAAAGAAAUAUCCCCACAAUGUCAGAGCUGUGCAACAGAACGCAGUCCUGCAUUGGAGAGGUAGCAAUUUCCACACACCAUCCAGUGCUGCUUUCCUGCCUAGGCUCCUGCCCAAAGAAGGGAUGCACAUUUUGGUUAAAGUGCCUCACAUACAUCUCAGAGCUCCCUGAUUCUUGUGUUACACGUUUGUGAAAGUCUUUUGAUGGUUUAGCCAGAGUAGGUCCAUCGGUGACAUCUGUUCUUCAAGCAGGUGCUGAUAAAUUAAACUGCUGUCAAAGAGCAUCUUUCAUACGGUCCAAUCUGAAAUAAAGAGCUUAGGCUGUUAGUGCUACUGUGAACUAUCAGUGUAACUCCUGUGAUAGAGAUACUGCCAUGUCGUGUGGAUAACUUACAAGUCUGGACUUAGAAAGGCUGCUCCUCCCAGCAGUGGCAGGGCUGCCAGCCUGGCCAUUUGUAGCUGCCCGUAGCAGAGGGGAUGCCAGCCGUGAUCUCACAGCUCCGCCCAGUGGCAGGCGUCAGCACGGGAGCCCUGCAGGGCUUCUCAGCGCGAACUGCUCUGCUAGCGCUUUUGGAAAACGUGAUCUCAGAGUGCAUUGUGCCUUCUGCACAUGUUCGUAAGGUUAAUGCGGACCAUCCUCCCGGCGGCUAAAGCAGCACAGGCAAAACACGUGCAGCCAUAGGCACAGCUAAGAAAUGCAGGUACUUGGUUGCAUUUUUUUACAUUUUUUCUCUCAAAGCCAUAAGUGUUUUUAAGAUUACAUCUUCACUGCAAGCUCAGAGGAGACUGCACUUUACUCUUGCUUUAAGGACCACCACAAACAAAGCAUUACUGAGAGGAGCAGAUAGGGUUUCAAGCUGUCAUCCCAGUCAGGCUGCAGACUGGGAUGCACACAACAGCUCCAGCCAUCGUCACUCCACUAUAAAAAAACUUCAUUCAGGUCAUCGGGAUUAAAGUGGCCUGGAAAAUUAAUGUGCUGCGUAGCGACUGUCAGAAGACUGGAGGUAAACAGCGCUUAGAGACAGAAACUGUCCCAGCAGAGGUCACCCGGGGUGAACUCUGUAUUUUUAAAGGCUUAUUUUACUGGAGGACAACUAAGUCCCAGAGCCCCAGCACUGCAAGUGGCCUAGAAAGCCUGCAGGGGGUUGGACUUGAUGAUCUCUGGAGGUCCCUUCCAGCCCUUACAAUUCUGUGAUUCCAUGUGACUGUGAAACUGCUAUGAAACACAUUUCCUCCUGCGAGUUGCAGGUUUAUACUGACUAGCUGAGAACCAUGUAACAGCAUUUCAAGGAGAGCAACUACACUGAGAAAACGAUUUUUAGAAACCCAGUAUAUGGACAAGGGGAAGGGGUGUGUUCUGUUUGCUUUUUACAAGCUUAGGUUUCUUUAGAAUAAGGACUCAGUUACACAUAAUCAAGAAACAAUCUGCCUAGCUUCAUUUGAGCUCUGUUUGCUUUCCUUCUACACGGAGCACUUGCAUUUGGGUAUGGCAAUACACAGUAACUGCUUUAAAACUUUCUGCAGUCUAUGAACAUCAUCUCUUACCCCAACACCUCAGCUUUAAGCAGGCUGUAGACAAAGCAGCCCAAAUGGCACACACUAGUCAGACAAAAAUAGAGAUGAAAAAUAGGGAGAAGAGCUCUGCCUCCCAAAUGCCUUUGGCGUGUCUAACAUAUCUGGCAGACAGAUCAGGAAUUCAGUGUCACAGUCUGAUUAACCUCCAGUCAGUUUCUAGUUUCAUUUGAAAGAAAUAGGAUAAAUUUACAUUAUUUUAAUGUGCAUCCAGAUGUUGAGCUACUUACUACUAAAACACUCAAUGCAAGUUCAUUGUACCUAGACAAUGUAAAACGUAGAUGUUUCAAACUAGGUCAUCUUAAUGCUGAACUGACUACAGAGAAUAAUGCUCUGAAUCUGCAGCACCUGCUUCCUGACUUACAUUGAACAGCACCUUGAACCAUUUUGACUUAUGGACUCUUAUGGACGAUACACAGGAUUGGCACUGUACACUGUAAGCUCCUCUUGCUAUGCACCCAGAAGCAGUUUCCAAACAUCUUUGUCCAAUCAAUUAUUCCGCUUUUCAAGAUAGAAAGCCCCCAAUUUUCAUAUUAAAAUCACAGUUCCUUGGAAUCCCACUUGAAUAUGAUUGAGACACUUGCGUGCAUAAGACCCUUAGGAUGUGGAAAAAAUUAAGCCUAUAGUUUGUGAUUCAUUUUUAGUAAAUUGCUCUAAGCAGAUGCUAUGAAAUUUGCACCAACCACUGACUUAAAUACUGAUACAAGUUCCCAGUGGUAAGCUUUUUUUUACCUCUUGCAUGGCAGCUCACACCAGACUCUCCCAAUAGUUGCUUUAAGCAGACAUGUGAUCUUAGUUAUGCAUUAUUACAGUCUUUUAAGCAAUAAUAAGGUUGGGUUCAAAUAUGAAUUGUAUCUGGAAAUGAGUUUUUACAAAAAGAACUCAAGCACAGAUUCAGUAAUACUUUACAGUGCAACUUUCUUGCAGGAUUGAUGUCAUCUUAAGUUACAGUGUCAGGUGGCAUAAACAGAUGGCUGGUACAAACCUACAUCUGAGAAAGCAGAAGCCCUGUUGUCUAUGAGCAGUGCUGUCGUUCUGGAGCACCAAUAUAACAAUGCUGGCUUGGUGACACUCACAUUUUUACUGCAGUACUCUGCAGCCAUUUCUCCACCACAGUCAUUUUAUUCUCACCAGGAGCACUGUCUGCUCUCCCUACCCAGCUGCUGAAUAUUGCAUAGUCUUUCACGGUCACAUUUUUUUGAAGAAGCAAUACAAACUACUGUGGUGUCAGUGUUCUUGUGAGAAACCAUUUAUUUCUGAGCAUGUAACAUGGCAGGUAUAAAAGCAAAACAAGAAGGGUUUUUUAUUUCCAUGUGUAAACAUCCAACAAACAGUUCACACUGCUAACAGAGCUCCUGGGAGCUGACCACAGUGCUACCACCAACCAAUGGAGCGCAAACCCAGAGGAACAGCUGCAGCUUCCUCUGUUUCAGGAACCACCAAGCAUUCUUUCCUCAGUUGUGCAAAACUAAUAGCUAAAGAUACAGUAUAACAGCAGCAACAAAAUCCAUUUUUGAAAAACUUUGACCUUCUUGGCAAACAUUCUUAGAACACUGAAAUCUGAAAUACUUGUCUAGACAAUAUUCUCUCCGAGACAUCAUUUUUGUAUUUCAAAAAGUAAUGUCCUAUAAUUCCCUUGUAAAACCAUGUACAGUUAUGGAAAAGACAGAAGUCAAUACUGACCAUUACCACAAUGUAACAAAAACAUUGGUGAAACCUCAGUCUGGGUACUGGAGGUUUCUGCACCUCUUCUAAUUUGUCUCUAAGAGACUAUCUGAAAGACAGCCAAAUGUAAAUACGUCGUAACACGUUAGCUAUAGAACAAAAGGUGGCAGUGCUCUGUCAUUCUAGAUGUACAGGAUGUAACUACAGUAUCUUCACUGUGUAUUAGAUGUGUCUAGGAUAAUUGUUCAUGCAAUUGAAAAUUCUGUAUUGCUGUCAAUUAAAAGUGUAAACUACUGAAACCUUGGCCUUGCUGAUAUGAAUAAAGUGGUUAAAAUACCCAUCUUUACAGAUACA